AUGGAAGAUUUCACUAUCAGUCGGGAUGAGUUGAUCGGCCUCUCUGGCAAAGCUAUUGUGAUAACAGGCGGCUCGUCGGGCAUCGGGCUUUCAACGACCUCUCUGCUGCUGGAUCUCGGGGCGUUAGUCGUUGUCGGUGACAUAAAUCCUCUCCCGGAGGCCUUGCUCGCCCAACACGGGGCACGUCUGACGCAUGUCACCACGGAUGUGACCGAUUGGGAUUCGCUUCAAUCUCUGUUCAACACUGCCAUCUCCCAGCACAAGAAAGUCGAUCACGUCUUCGCCGCCGCCGGGGUCCCGGGCUUUCGAGCAGACUACUUGGCGGAAACCUUCGACCCAGAAACAGGAGAGCUCCAGGAGCCCUCCGCGUCUACGGUCGACAUCAAUCUCCGGGGCUCUAUCAAUACUGCUUACCUGGGUCUAUACCAUAUGAGGCACCAGACACCUGCGGAAGGUUCGAUCGUUCUCACAGCCAGUGUCGCGGCCUUCCUCCGCUUUCGGAACCCCGACUACGCCUCGGCAAAACAUGGUGUCCUCGGCUUCGUGCGCGGGCUGAUGCCUGUUCUUAUUGAUCACCCGAGCAAUAUUCGGACCAAUUGUGUCUCGCCAUCGUGGACACGUUCGGGCAUGCUUGACUUGUAUACGCCUGAGCAUGUUGGCUAUGGUGAGCAGGUACAAGAGGCUGAGGUUGUUGCCAGGAGUGUCGUUCUGCUAAUGGCGGACGGUAAGAGACAUGGCCAGAAUAUUUAUGCACGGCAAGGCAAGUUCUGGGAAAUGGAAGAUGCAUUCAUGAAGGUGACCAGAGACACUGGAGGCGUGAAUGAGGAUGUGGUCCUGAAAGCAGUUCUCAAGCACCAGGCAGAGGAGUCGGCCCUCGGAAAGGGCAAGACGGCCAAUGAAGAGCAAGCCAACACGGCGAACAAGAAUCAGAUCAAGGCCUGA